AUGAGUGCACCUGGCCAGCGCGGGAUACGUGUACAACGCGUAAACGGUCUCCCUGAGGCAUACUCGGGUGUCACGACAGUGUGGUUGCUGUCAACGUUAGGGGGUUCGCGCAACAUCAACACUAUUGGCAUCAAGAAAAAAGAUAUUUUGUCAAUUUCAAUCCCCAAAACCUGUGAGUCUCUAUUGAUGAACAAGUCCGAGUAUACACUGAAAUCCGCAUCGAGUUUACUUUACGGAGUGACCGUUUGUUACAGCAGAAAAACUGAUUAUGUGUUGGCAGACGUCAACAGCAUUAAAACACAGCUUUAUCGCCAGUUAUUCCAAACUGCAAGAAAAUCUGUAUUGUUGCCAAUCACAAGCGCGAAUCAAAAUAACACCAUAUUCGAUGGUGUGCAUGAAUAUCGAAAUCUGAGAGAGUUUCAAGAAAUGCAGUCGGCAGAAGCUCGUGGAACUGGCAAAGAAAGACGCUUCAACAACGCGCUUCUGGCGGAUGAUCCUAAUUUUGAUAUUAAUCAGGUACGAGACUAUUCGUUUCUCUUUGGGGACAAACAUCAAAGAGACUCAUCUGCAAGCCUCAUUCACAAGCGGGAUAUGUUGGAAGAACUGCAAAACGGCUACAGCUAUGAGACAGGACCCAAUGUCGGUCCUUUAGAAGCACGCUACUCUCACAACCGAGACUAUUUGAAUCACUCAGAGUUUUCAUCCCUCGACGCGGACUUGAAUUUGGAUUUCGAUGAUGUGCUCAGCGAGACAGAAAUGGGUUCAACGAAGGCCAGAAGCGUAAACAGCCCCGAUCCGUCUGAUCAAGAGAACUUCGAUCUUCUUUUCGAUAGAGAACCAGCAGGAUUGACUGAUUUCGAGGAGCUGCCAGAUCUUGAUAUGCUUCCCUCUGGUCAGGAGAACAAUGAAAGAUCUAAUGGAAACUUGUCGCUUCUGCAGCAGCAGCAGUCUGAUCUGCAUCCAAACAAGAAACGAAAAAUCAGUCAUGGCAAUCCUGAUCUGAUUCGCCUCAAAAUUGACGAAUGUACAGGUUUAGGUAACGGUGCUCUUCGAGAGAAUAACGACAAAUACCUUUCGAUCAUGGAAUCGAUGGCAAGACCAAUGAAACUGGUAUCUUAUCCCACCCAGUGGAAAAGUACGCUACUAAAAGACGAUGGGCCAGAUUUUCUUCGACUUUGCUACGUAAAAUUACUUUGGGCAACUGAUGCUGACGCAUCUUCUCUUGAGCACGGCACGUCUAGCGUGGACGAGAUCGAGCGCGGCCGACAAAAAAUGCGGUCAUUACCUCCUUCAAGAUCAAAUAGCAGCGUUGCAAGUGCAGAAAGAGGAAGAAAAAUGGGGCCGGCAAUACUCCAAAGAAGUGGCAGCGAAGAAAAUAUGCAAUCUAUUGAUUUACCGGACCUUCAGGAGAUUAAUGAGAACGGGGAGCAUAUCAAUGAAGAGGAAGCUUUCGAUGAAGUUGAAGAAGAUUUCAUGCGCAUUGAUUUGCAGCUUCCACCCUCCAGCUUUGGAAGAAGCUCUAGCAGAACAGAAGCGGGCUCGAGGGACCAGAUUGAGGAGUUAAGACGCAUGCAUAGUGAAAGAGGCGCGCACCGAAACGGCACCCUGCAAAGUGUUGAAGACAUUGAUGAAAGCUCCGAGCAACCUGAAUCAGCAGACACCGGUCUCAGGGCGCACACGCAGAAUCAAGUUCUUGACAAUCAAAGUCGCAGAUUCUUUGACUACAUCUUCGAGCGCGCGUCUUUUGCUGGUAAAACAACUAGGUCCCAUCCUCCUUUCGCUAAGAAGCUUUUGUUCGAAGAUAUUAUUCCCAGCAAAUUAGGUACCGAAGAGUCGAUCACCGAUGAAUCCAACAGUCUCCCCUCGGUCACGAGGAAAAUGGCGGCCAAUGCCUUCCUUUCGCUUCUCCAGCUGGCCUCGAAAUCUUACGUUGACAUUGACCCUUUUGAACCUAUGACCCCGUUCAGCAGCCUCACCGGCUCAGAUAUUUUGGUCUGUAUUUAG